CCCCCCAUCAGCAGUAGCAUAUGACCAAAGGUAACAGCCGCGGCGACCCCGUGUGCAAACUAAUCUUGCUCGGGAACGGGUCCGUGGGCAAGUCGAGCAUCAUCGGGCGGUUCGUAGACGAUGGCUUUGCCAAGCAGUACAAGCAAACGAUCGGGUUGGAUUUCUUCGUCAAGACGAUCGCGUUGCCGCGCGACCGCCGCGUGGUGCUCGAGGUGUGGGACAUUGGCGGCCAGAACAUUCGCAGCAAAAUGCUCGACAAGUACGUGUACGGCGCCGACAUUGUGUUUGUGUGCUACGACGUAACCGAUCCCAAGUCGUUUGCCGACGCCGACGACUGGGUCACGCUCGUAACAAAGGCUCGCGAUGAGACCCCCUCCUCCCCCCCAACAACCACCACCAAGCAAGUUGCCAUGAAACAUAAACACAAACAGCACGUGUAUUUAGUGGGCAACAAGAUUGAUCUCGUCGGGUUGCGCGCCGUGGGUGUUGCGCAGCACGACGAGUUUGUCAAGACACAUCAUCUAGCCGGCGCAUUCUUGUUGUCGGCUCACAGCGGCGACAACGUCCUUCGCACGGUGCACCAGAUCGCCGCCCAGGCCGUGGGCGUCCAACUAUCUGAGUUUGAGCUCCAGUUCUUGGACAAACCUGUGAUAGCGUAUGCGUUGGCUCCGUCGGCGGAGGACGACCCGCGCACGGCCGACGCCGACGCCAUCGAGCAAGAGGAUUUGAAGCUGGAAGCACACAAGAACAACAGACCUCCUCGUCGGCUGCCUUGUAAAUGUACACUUAUGUAACACCACAGAAAUAUGGUUCAAGU